AAUAACCACGAGCGCGUCGCGUGCACUGGUGCAUAUGCAACGCGAAGCGUGGAGCGCGAUCGAGCGGUCGUUCGGUCGGUGUCCGUGCACCGCGGAGGUUAUGUUCCCUGGCCCCGUGUGGGUGUUUUGAAAUCGUUAGCCAAACUGGCUCGAUUCCGCGAACGCGCGUUUCCCGUGUCGCGCGGGAGGACGCGACGCCCGUUGUCGAUCGAGCCACCGCAACGGGAGUGACGUAAGCGCGAUUUUGAAGCGAGUCAUGUGCGAAUUUAAAGCAUGGUUGUCACGCAGCGGAAGAUGAAGCAGUUCGCGAUCUUCGCGGUGUGCGUGCUGCUGGUCCUGGGCUUUUACAAAACUUUGGUGACUACGGAAGAGGAACGGUCAUUUAACCGUAGUCGACAUCGCGCUGUGCUUGGGCAUAAAGCUAGUUUAGACGACAAGAACGAACUGAACGAGGUUGCGACGCAGAAGGUUCGCGAUGUCGAGGAUGAGCCAUCCGAUGGGGACAUUAAGGAUAUCGAAGAGGCGAAAGUUCGAAUCCGCGAGUUGGAGGGUAAGCUUCAGCAUCUGGAGGCGGCGAUUAAGAACGGAGUAGCAAAGGACUUCCCGACAGUGAAGUUCUUGAAUUAUAAGAACCGGAAGCGAAUACUCGUAACGGGCGGCGCGGGCUUCGUUGGUUCUCAUCUAGUGGAUCGUCUGAUGCUCGCUGGACACGAGGUAAUAGUCGUCGACAAUUUCUUCACUGGCAGAAAGCGGAACGUGGAGCACUGGGUCGGUCACGAGAACUUCGAGCUAGUGCAUCAUGACAUCGUGAGGCCGUUAUAUCUGGAGGUUGACGAAAUCUAUCAUCUCGCUAGUCCGGCCAGUCCGCCGCAUUACAUGUUGAAUCCUGUAAAAACGAUCAAGACGAAUACUUUGGGCACUAUAAAUAUGCUUGGACUCGCAAAACGAGUCGGCGCACGAGUAUUAAUCGCAAGCACGUCAGAAGUAUACGGGGAUCCUAACGAACAUCCGCAGGCAGAAACUUAUUGGGGUCACGUCAAUCCCAUCGGUCCGCGGGCGUGCUAUGACGAGGGAAAACGGGUUGCCGAGACAUUGAGCUACGCUUAUAUGAGACAGGAAGGCGUUUCAGUCCGAGUUGCACGAAUUUUUAACACCUUUGGUCCGCGAAUGCAUAUGAAUGACGGUCGCGUCGUUUCGAAUUUUAUCCUCCAGGCUUUACAAAAUAAUUCGAUUACGAUUUACGGCAGUGGGAAACAGACACGAUCGUUUCAAUACGUUUCCGAUCUGGUGGACGGGUUGGUAGCAUUAAUGGCAUCUAAUUACACCUUACCUGUGAAUAUUGGAAAUCCUGUGGAGCAUACGAUCGAGAAAUUUGCACGUAUAAUAAAGAACUUGGUGGGUGCUACCAGUGAGAUAGUUGAACUCGCAGCGGUUGAGGAUGAUCCGCAGAGAAGAAGACCAGACAUUACCAGAGCAAAAAAAUAUUUGAACUGGGAACCCAAGGUUCCUUUGGCUGAAGGCCUGAAGAAAACCAUAGUGUAUUUCGCAAAGGAAUUACAAAGGACUAAGCAUUCUCAAAAAAGCAGCUUUAAACAGUCUUCUUACAAAAACGAUCACGAUAUUGUAGAACAACUUUAGAGACUCAAGUGUAAUGAUACGAUUAAUGUAUCCACUUUCAGAAGUGGCGUGAAAGUGCCAUUAAGCUAUGGACCAGUAUGUGCCAAAAAAAUCCCCGUCCAAUUUGAAUUUUAUGUAAUUUACAUAGCAAUCAACAUAUGUAUACAAACACGCAAUAUGCGAUCAUUUAAAUAAUCAUUCUUGAAUUUCUCUCGAAUUUCUUCCAAUCAGGUACAUGUUAAAUUCUUUGUAGGAGCAAUAAUUAAAAAUAUACUUUUAUCCCUUUUCCAUGACUCACUCUCUACAGCUCUCUUUCUUUUUAUUAUUUUUGGUUCCAAAUAUUUAAAAAUGUAUACAUAUUGUUAAUACAGUUUAUGCAUUAAUAUAUUUUAUAUUUUAUGUAUAUUUAUUUUUCAUUCUUUUGUUACUGCAAAGAAGCAAUGUAUCUGUUCGUUAUAUCUGUGCAUCGGUUUUAGAUAGGAAAAUCUUUUCUUUUAUUUCAUAUUUACAUACGACAUAUAAUUUUACAUCGAAGCAGAACUGAGAAAUGGUGCUGAAGAUAUAAAAAAAUAUUGUUUUCCUCUUUUUAUAUACAUUAUUGGUCGCAUAUUAGCUUGAAUAUGAAAAGUAAUUUCGCUUAGAUAUAUAUUUAUACAUAGUAAUAUUUAUACAUAGCUAGGAAAUGUGUUGUUUGCUUUUAUUCAUUUAUUAGUCAUAAUAGUGAUAUUACCGAAGUACCAUGUACUUGCAAUAAAAUCUUAAAGAAUGUUUAUGUUAUUAAGUUAUUCAAUUAUAGCAGUAAUAAAAAUUUAUGGAUUCUUGUACAAUGCGAUUGAAACAGAUGGUAUCCAAUACCGACAAAAUAGUAUUUGUAACUUAUAUUGUAAUUAUAUGAUAUAUAAUCAUGUGAAAUAUAGAUAUAGUGUGAUCAUAAAUGAGACUGUAAUAACAAACAACGUGUAAGUGAGAAAGUAAUUUUAUAUUUUAUAUAUAAGAGUGUAGCAAAAAUCAUGCGAUAAUGUACUCUUUACCGCGUAAUUUGUAUAAUGUGAUUAAUUCUUAUAUUGUCGUUAUCGAAAAUUAUGAAAUACGUAUGUUUAUCUCGACAAAUUCUUUUCCUACAAACGUGAAAAUAAAAUUGCUAUAUGAAGUAUGGUGUAAAUAAGCAAAUAUAUAUGAAAAUGUCUUUGUAUCAAAGUAAAAAUUUAAAAAAAUAUAAUAUGUAUGCUGAAUAUGUAUAUACUUCAAUAUUCAUAAUUAAAACGUAGAUAUAUA